UGCUAUUCACACUCUCAGCCAGCCAGGAGGAGGCCAACAGGCGAACCCUCCCUCCCUGUACGUUACGCAGAUGCGGAAAGUGAGACGACGCAUCGAGAGCAAGUGAGGAGCCGAGAUUAUUUCAAACAUGGACACGGACGCUGAACGGGAGAGUUGAAUCGCGACUUCCACUAACAAAAACAACGCCAGCGUUCCUGUGCCACCCCCAAGAACGUUUUCAAGGGAUUUAACUUCGAAUUGUGUUUCGGAGACUUUUUCGCCAUGAAGAGUGCUGUCGACAGCAACGGAAAAGAUGACAAUUUCCUUCAUAAACAGAAGUAAAGAAACUCUAACUCUGGAAUUGAAUGAAGGAUCUUCUUGUGCCACAACACGGAUCCCUGUGCAUCAAGGCCAAAGAUACAGCCAGCGCAUACAGAUGUGCUUCUAGACAGUUGGGUUUAUCCGACCUGCUAAAUACAACUCCCGACGACUAAGAUGCAUGUUAAUCUUCUCCUUUAGUGUAGAGUCAAUGACACCUCGCACAAAAUAAGCAAAUAUUUUUGCCUUGCCAGAUUGCUAUCAGUUAGCUGCUUAGCUCGCUAACAUUAGCCGCCGCUGUUUGUCGCGGGUGAAAAAAAGGCUGUCAACUGGCUAGUGCGGCUAACGAUAGCUUCAAUGCUAGCUCGAGGCUCGAUUACAAAAAAAGUGUAGCAGCAAGUUGCUAUUCGGUUCGGUGUGACUUUAAUGAAUAAAAAGCGUUCAAAUGAGCUUAAAACUUGUAUGCAGCUCCCAGUCGUUCGACAGAUGGCAUAAAAGCAUAGUUUAUUCCAUUAUCGCACCCCUAAUUGGUCUGCUGUGCUUUGGCUUGGUGUCCUAACUAGUCCUCUUCGCUAGCUAGCAAGUUUACUUUCGCCGUGCCUGGACCGACCCACCCACUAGGAGUUUGGGGCCGAUGCGGACAGAUCAGCCGGGAUCACGGCAUCGCGACGAGCCGCAGCAGGCAUGCAGCCCCAACAGAUCUACGACUUUUCCAGCGAGGAGAACAGUCACAAAUGGCGAGGCCUCUUUGUGCCUGCGCUGCGAAAGGUGCUGUACCAGGUGCAUUCGGACCUGUCUGCGGAGGAGGACGCUCUUCAGUACAUCGAGGAGCUCAUCCUGCAGCUGCUCAACAUGCUGUGUGUGGCCCAGCCCCGCUCCGUCACAGACGUGGAGGAGCGAAUUCAGAAGACCUUCCCCUACCCCAUUGAUAAGUGGGCCAUCGGAGAUGCACAGAAGGCCAUUGAGAAGAGGAAGAGGAGCAUGCCACUGCUUCUCCCAGUGGACAAGAUUCACCCUCUACUGAAGGAGGUGCUGGGCUAUAAGAUUGACUACCAGGUGUCCGUGUACAUCGUGGCGGUGCUGGAGUACAUCUCGGCAGACAUCCUCAAGCUGGCCGGCAACUACGUCAGCAACAUCCGCCACUAUGACAUCAGCCAGCAGGACAUCAAGGUGUCCAUGUGCGCUGACAAGGUGCUGAUGGACAUGUUUGACCAGGACGAGGAGAUGGGCCUGGCGUACCUGUGCCCGGAGGAGCCUCCUCUGUCGGGGGAGCUGACCUACGAUGACCUGGUGCGGCUGGAGAUCGCCGAGGAGCGCCAGUACCUGCGCGAGCUAGACCUCAUCAUCAAGGUGUUCCGCCAGACCUUCCUCUCCAACACCAAGCUCUUCUGCGCACAGGACGUGGAGGUGGUGUUUAGCAACAUCCUGGACAUCCAUGAGUUGACGGUGAAGCUGCUGGGCCUGAUCGAGGACGCCGUGGAGAUGACUGCCGACGGCAGCCCACACCCGCUGGUGGGCAGCUGCUUUGAGGACCUGGCCGAGGAGCAAGCAUUCGACCCCUAUGAGACGUUGUCGCAGGACAUCCUCUCGCGGGAGUUCCAGGAGCACUUAAACGGCCUGAUGGCCCGCCCCACCGUCGCCCUGCACUUCCAGUCCAUAGCGGAGGGCUUCAAGGAGGCCGUUCAGUACGUCUUACCACAGCUGAUGAUCGUACCAGUCUACCACUGCUUACACUACUUUGACCUGCUGCAGCAACUUCAGGAGCGCAGUGAGGAUGAUGACGAUCGCGAGUGCCUGAAGCAGGCCAUCACCGCCCUCCUCAACCUGCAGUGCAGCGUCGAGCGCAUCUUCAACAAGCACCAGCCACGACGCAAACCAGGUGAGCCCAUGUACCGGCUGUACAGCCGGCCGGCGCGCAGCAAGCAGACGGCCAUGAAGCGCAUGGGCGACAUCCAGAAGAGCAUCGACGGCUGGGAGGGCAAGGACAUCGGCCAGUGCUGCAGCCGCUUCCUGCACGAGGGGCCCCUGACGCGCGCCGGCGCCAAACACGAGCGCCACAACUUCCUGUUCGACGGCCUGCUGGUCAGCUGCAAGGCGGCCAGCCAGAGCACGCGGCUGCCGGGGGCCAGCAGCGGCGCCGAGUACCGGCUCAAGGAGAAGUUUGUGCUGCGCCGCGCCCGCGUACUGGACCGCGACGACACGCCCGAGCUGCGGCACGCCUUCGAGCUGGUGACGGGCGGCGGCGGCACGGGCCGCGGGGACAGGGACGAUGGCGGGGGGGCGUGCGGCGCGGUGUUCUGCGCACGCUCGGCCGAGGAGAAGGCCAGCUGGAUGGCGGCGCUGGUGACGCUGCAGUGCCGCAGCAUGCUGGAGCGGCUGCUGGACGCCGAACUGCGCAGCGAGGAGAAGACCCAGCAGCUCUGCCUGCCGCCGCCGCACCUCUACCGCUUCGCCGAGGCCGACUCGGAGGAGAACGUGCUGCUGGAGGAGAGGGCGGCGCAGGGCAGCGGCAGCGGCAUACCCCUCAUCAAGGCGGCCACGCUGGUCAAACUCAUAGAGAGGCUCACCUACCACAUGUAUGCAGAUCCCAACUUUGUCCGCACUUUUCUCACCACCUACCGCUCCUUUUGCAAACCCGAGGAGCUGCUCACAUUGCUCAUUGAGAGAAUGGAGAUCCCAGAGCAGGAGGCCAAAGAGGAGGAGCUUCAAGGCCUGUGGAACACUGACCAGCCAAUGGCUGCAGAGCUGCAGAGAUUCCGCCGCGAGUACGUCCAACCAGUGCAGCUCAGGGUGCUGAAUGUGUUUCGUCAGUGGGUGGAGCACCACUUCUACGACUUUGAGAACAAUCCGGAACUCCGCACCCGACUAGAGACCUACAUCACCAGCAUCACACAGCUGAAAGGCAAGUCGAUGCGUAAGUGGGUUGAGUCGAUUCACAAGAUCAUCCGUCGUAAGCUGGCGACGCAGGCCAAUGGGGUGAGCCACAGCAUCACCUUUGAGCGCACGCCGCCGCCCGUGGAGUGGCACAUCAGCCGGCCGGGCCAGAUCGACACCUUCCACCUCAUGACGCUCCACCCCAUCGAGAUCGCACGCCAGCUCACACUCCUGGAGUCCGAACUCUACAGGGCGGUGCGUCCAUCUGAGCUGGUGGGCAGCGUGUGGACCAAAGAGGACAAGGAGAAGAACUCCCCCAACCUGCUGCGCAUGAUCCGACACACCACCAACCUCACGCUCUGGUUCGAGAAGUGUAUAGUGGAGGCUGAGAACUUUGAGGAGCGUGUGGCGGUGGUGACUCGUGUGGUGGACAUCCUGCAGGUCUUCCAGGACCUCAACAACUUCAACGGCGUGCUGGAGAUCGUGAGCGCCAUGAACUCCGUACCCGUCUACCGCCUGGACCACACCUUCGAGUCGCUCCAUGAGCGUAAGAAGCGUAUCCUGGAGGAUGCUAUGGAGCUGAGUCAGGACCACUUCAAGAAGUACCUGGCCAAGCUCAAGUCCAUCAACCCACCCUGCGUGCCUUUCCUAGGUAUCUACUUGACCAACAUCCUGAAGACGGAGGAAGGCAACCCCGACUUCCUGAAGCGCAACAACAAGGAGCUGAUCAACUUCAGCAAGCGGCGGAAAGUGGCCGAGAUCACGGGAGAGAUCCAGCAAUACCAGAACCAGCCUUACUGCCUCAAAGUGGAGCACGACAUCAGGCGCUUCUUUGAGAACCUGAACCCCACGGAGAACAUGGACAUGAAGGAGUUCACAGACUACCUGUUCAACAAGUCUAUGGAGAUAGAGCCACGCCACUGCAAGCAGCCCACACGCUUUCCCAGGAAGACGACGUACAGCCUGAAGUCCCCCGGCACGCGGGCAGUGCGGAACCCCUCCACGGGCAGCGGCACCAUCAAGGGCCACCCGGUGCCCCUGGAGAGAGAGCCGCCCCACAAGGUCACCUUCCGCAGCAUCAUGGAGCUGGAACAGGAGCGCAAUGACAGGCCCAGUGAGAGUAGGGAGAUGCCUCCUGCCCCCUCCUCGGUGCCCACCUCCCCCAACACGCCCACCUUCACCAUCCCCACACCACAGUCCGCAUCCUCAGACUUCAACUCAGUCUUCAUAGAGUCAGACAUGCCCAACACACAUGAAGGCAACAGCAUAUUCGCUCCCGUACUACUUCCUCCACAACCAUCAAAGUACAUCUCUGCGUCGUGCGGAAGUCUCAAUCACCUGUUUGAUGAGCCGCCUCCCCCCGUGCCCCCCCGCAGGAAAGAGGCCGUCUCAGAAGCCAAGAUGGGCUCCAAGCUGGACAGUCCGCCGGCCAUCCCUCCCCGGCUCCCCCCUCCGCACUCCCGCGUGCAGCCGCGCGUCUCCGUCUUCAACGGGCCCUCCUCCCACUCCCCCUCGCCCUCCAUCCUCUCCUCCUCUACAGACGGCCCUCUGCCCAGCCCUCCUCCGCCUCCUCCCCGGGACCCGCUGCCCGACACCCCGCCGCCCGUGCCCCACCGGCCGCCCGAGAUCUUCAUCAACUUCCCCAACCCGGCCAACCAGCCCUCUCCUGUCAGUCGCUUCCACUGGGAGUUCAGCAGCGUCUCAUCCCCCAGCUCGCCCAGCACCCCUCCCGCCACCCCCUCCCCCCGCGUGCCCCGCCGAGGCUGCACGCUCAGCUCCAGCCAGAACAGCCUGUGCCACCUGUCGCUGCCGCCGCUGCCCCCCAACCCGGCGCCGCCGCCCGUGCCCCCGCGCCACGUGCCCAGCAGUCCGCAGCUCCCCAAGCUGCCCCCCAAGACCUACAAGAGGGACCUCCAGCUACCCCCCCAGCUGCCGCCGCUCUCACAGUCCCACCUCUCGCUCUCGCAGUCCCACCUGUCACUGUCUCAGUCUCACUUGUCACUGUCCCAGUCGCAGCAGUGUCUGCCUCCGGCGUCAUCACCUCUGUUGCCGCCGAUGCCACCCAUGGCACCCCAGACGUCCCCUCUGCCCGUGGGCAUGCCGCUGUCCCUGCCCCCUCAGCACUCGCCCUCUCCCCUGCCCCUCCCCCACGCCGCACCUCCGACCCCGCUGCCCAUGCUCUCAUUGGUGGAGAAUGCCGACAGUAGCCAAUGAAAAAGGACUGUGUUGUUUUGUUUGGAGUUAUUUUUUUUCUCCCCCCCCCUGGAGAAAGAGAGACGUGGUCAUUGGUUGAGAAUGUCGGUGGACUGUUAGCCAAUGGAAAGACCUGUUGUUGGUUCUCCCUCUUCUCUUCCUGGAUGAGAGGAGUGGAAAAAAAGAUUCUCAUUGGUUGAGAAUGUGGACAUUAGCCAAUGAAAGGAUUGUUUUUUGUUUGUUUUUUUUCCACCCUCUCUCCCAUCCGGGAUGAAUGGAAUUGAAAAUAUGUUGCUCUCAUUGGUGGAAAAUAUGGACAGUGGCCUUCUCUCUCCCCUUACUGGGUGGUUGGAAAUACAGAUGUCAGCCAUUUAAAAGGGGUAAUGGAUUUUUACUUUUUUUGUGACUGACAGAGAAGACGGCAAAUGACAAUUCCUCCCUGACUAUUGGAUCUUAUAAUGAUACACACACACACAAACACACACACACACACACAUUCUUAGAAAUAGGAGACGGAGAACCAUGUACUGUCCAGGUCCAUUGUGUGUGUGCGUGUGUGUGUGUGUGUGUAGAGGUCCGUCAUCAUGCCAUGUGUGAGAGGAGACUAUGGAUUGUAUCGGUUUUAUCUGAUUGUAUCUGUUCAAAAGUAUAAAACGAAUGACAACUUCAAUACAAGCUCUUCAAGAGGAACUUUUAACAGACUAAUUAACACAAAAAAACACACAGAGACACAGACAGAACGUAACCAGAAACAAAACACAAA